UUUGUUUCUCUUAGAAGUGAGAGUUCUUGCAGUUGGUCCAAAGGCAUCUGAAAAAAUAAUUCCUUCAGUCAGUACGGAAAAGGCUGUUAUGGAGAUUAACAUUUUUGAAAUUGCAAAGAGCAGCCCUUCAGGAUCAGCUGCUGUGACUUUCAUGAGCUACACAAUGAUGGAGAACCUACUGAAGCCAGACUUCUUCAACACAUCAAAUGACACGAUUAAAACCAUGAUGUCCACUGUGAUCUCAGCUACUCUUCCCAAAACCAACUACACUAAACUCACCAAACCAGUCAACUUCACCCUCAAACACAUCAGAGAGUUUGAUCACAGUGGUUCUCUGUCCUGUGUGUACUGGAAUAUCAGCGAGUGGAUUGUAGAUGGAUGUGCUGUUUUAGAGACCAACAGCAGCUACACUGUGUGUUCCUGUGUUCAUCUGUCCACAUUUGCUCUCAUCAUGCAAACCAGAGGGCCACAAAAGAGUGACCCACCGCUGGAGCUGUUGAAUUUGGUGUGUGUGAUCGUGGGACUGGUGUUCUUCACUUUAGCCCUGUUGACCUUUGCCCUUUGUCAGUGGAGCCCUGGAGUGAAUAAUGUGGCUCGAAUCAACAUCUGCAUCAGUCUUCUGCUGGCUCACCUUCUGCUCCUGCUCACACAGAAGUUCCUGAAUCUCAUACGGCCUCAGCAGGUGCUGUGUGCCGUGAUCUCAGGCCUUCUGCACUUCCUCUUUCUCUCCGGCUUUGUGUGGAUGUUCAUUGAAGCUGUGCUGCUCUUCAUCUGUGUGAAGAACCUAUCACAGAUCAGCUCCAAGAAGAGGGAGGUGCUUAGCAGUGGAUUCCUGUGUGUGAUUGGAUAUGUGGUUGCUCUGGUUGUGGUGUGUGUGUCUGUCGGUCUGGUUCCUGAAGGCUACGGCAGCGAACACUGCUGGAUUAAAAUUGAUCAAGGUUUUAUCUGGAGUUUUCUGGGUCCUGUUUGUGUCAUACUUGCAGUAAGUUCUGAAUAUAAACAUUUUCACAUGGGCUGUUGAAGCCAAAACAUUAAU